AUGUACCGAAAAUCUGAAUCUGAUUUGGAAUACUACCAGCGGAGAUAUUUCCUUGAGUUGAAAGAUGAUUAUCAGAAACUCGAAAUCUCCGACUCCACAUUCAGGUGUCCGUUCUGUUUCAACAAGGAUUAUUACUCUUUGACCGAGCUUUUAAGACAUGCUUCAAGGAUUGCUGGUGACGUGCAUGGUGACACUGUGAAAGAAAUUGCUAAACAUUCUGCCCUUGUAAGGUAUCUUGACUCUAAAAUUUCUGAAAAUAAGUCGCUUGAUAUGAAUGUGAAUGCUGGUGAAGAUGAGUUGUUUGUGUGGCCUUGGAUGGUGGUUCUGGCAAACAAUGUCACAAAACUUGACCCCAACUGCCGUAAGUAUAUAGGAAAGAGUCAUAAGAAAAUUAAGGAGGAGCUGUAUGCUAAAGGGUUUCAGCCGCUGAAAGUUACUGCACUUUGGAAUAUUAGAGGCCAAACACCCUUUGUCAUUGUUGCAUUUGGAAAAGAAUGGGAUGGUUUCAACAAUGCUUUGCAGCUAGAAAGAAGCUUUGAAGCAGAACAGUGUGGUAAGAGAGAUUACGUGGGUUUCAGGGAGCGGGGAGACAAACUCUUUGGGUGGAUAGCACGUGCUGAUGACUAUAAUUCCAGGGAUAUUGUGGGCAAACACCUCCGCGAAAAUGGGGAUUUGAAAACUGUUUCUGGAAAAGAAGCUGAGGAUAAUAGGAAAGCUUUGAAGCUUGUAUCUGGCUUGGCUAACACUCUGAAGCAGAAGAACAAGGAACUGGAACAAACGACAAGCAAGUAUGAUGAGGCUAAUGUGUUCCUAAACAAAGUGAUGAAUCAAAAAGAGGAGAUGCUUGAACACUUUAACAAAGAAAUAAGCAAGAUGCGGAAUGUUGAACGAAGCUAUAUGGAAAAUGUAUCCAAGGAUCAUGAAAGAGCCAUGCUGGAAUUGGAGGCUAGGAGAAAGGAACUUUUGUCCCGUGAAGAGAAUCUGCAGAAGCGUCAAGCACAUAAUCAUAAUGAGAGAAAUAAGCUAUAUCUUGAGAAGAAAAAUAAUGAGAUGGCCAUAGCAGAGCAACAAAAGGCUGACAACAAAAUGAUGCGUUUGGCUGAAGAACAUCAGAAAGAGAAAGACAAACUUCACAAAAAAAUCCAUGACCUAGAGAGAGGACUUGAUGCAAAGCAAGCAUUGGAAUUGGAAAUUGAACGGCUGAGAGGAGCUUUCCAUGUAAUGAACCACAUUGGAGAGACUGAUCUGGAAGAGCAGAAAAAACUGGAGGCGAUCAAAAUAAGUCUGCGUGAAAAGGAAGAGCAACUGGAAGGUGUAGAAGAUCUUCAACAAACAUUGGUUAUUCAGGAGCGCAAAACUAAUGACGAGUUGCAAGAUGCCCGCAAAAAAUUAAUCAGUUGGAUUGGCUGCCCAAAGAACACUUCUCGAGUCAUAAUUUCUGUGAGAAGGAUGGGGGACCUUGAUAUUAAGCCGUUUGAGGAGGCAUCCAAGAGAAAGUUUCCGGCUAAAGGGAAUGGUAAAGCAGCUCAGAGAAAACUUGCCGAUGAAAGGAAAAUGAAAGCAAUUCAGUGGUGCUCACAGUGCGAGGACUAUCUUAGAGAUCCAAGCUGGCAUCCGUUCAAAAUUGUAACUGAUAAAGAAGGGAAUUCAAAGGAAAUUUUAGAUGAAAAUGAUGAAAAACUGAAAAGUUUGAGAGAUGAACUCGGAGAUGAGGUGCAUGAUGCAGUAGCUACAGCUCUGAAGGAACUAAAUGAAUACAAUCCUAGUGGGAGAUAUCCAGUACCUGAACUCUGGAAUUUUAGGGAAGGAAGGAAGGCAUCGUUGAAAGAGGGUGUUGCCCAUUUGAUGAGGCAAUGGAAGUUGUCAAAACAAAAGAAUGCUUGA